AAUCCAGCCCCAGGAAUGUCGGUGGACCUACAACAUGUUCAUUAUACAUUCGACUACUCUCAAGCUGUAUCUAUCCCGCAUCACGUAUGCCAAGUCGGACCUUUAUACUUCGCUACUCCUAGAAAGGUCCAGCUGUUUGGAAUUGCUAUGGAAGGUAUAAGGAAGCAGUUUAACUUUCUUAAAGACGAGAAUUCAACACCAGGGGAAAACGGAACAAAGGUAAAGGGCGCAAUUGGCGUGAUUUCAAUGCUUUACUACUGUUUUGAGAAUUUUGGACUGGGUGAAAAAGAAUGUCGCUUACACUGUGAUAAUGCUUCAGGGGAAAGCAAAAACAAAUUCAUGCUUGCAUAUUUAAUGUGGAGAAUGCUGACUGGCAAGCAUUCCAAAAUAAAUUUGCAUAUGCAAGUUCCCUAUCAUGGCAAAAGCCUGGUAGAUGCUGGUUUUGCCUACAUCAAAAAAUCAUACAGAAGGGCUGAGGUCGACUCUUUGGAGCAAUUAGCAUCCGUGGUUAGGAAAAUCGCGAGAUCCAAUGAAGUCAUUGUAUUUGGUGGGGCUGGCGGAGAAUGGCUCGAUUGGAAGACACUUCAUUCCUUUCAAGGGCAUCAGAAAAUAUAG